UGGUGGGCUGCAACAUGGAGGCGACCAGUGGAAAUGAUGAGGUUUCCGGGGAACUGACGUCUGUGGCGCACGCUGUUUCUCUCCCAGCCGAGUCUUACGGCAACGAUCCUGAUAUUGAGAUGGCUUGGGCCAUGAGAGCAAUGCAGCAUGCUGAAGUCUACUACAAAAAGUGGAGACCAUUCUGUUUGAAGUUUGAUGGGAUUGUAGAAGACUUCAACUAUGGUACUUUGCUGCGACUGAACUGUUCUCAGGCCUACACUGAGGAAAACACCAUCUUUGCACCCAGGAUACAAUUUUUUGCCAUUAAAAUUGCUCGGAACCGGGAAGGUUAUAACAAAGCAGUUUACACUAGUGUUCAGGACAAAGAAGAAGAGAAAGGAGCCAACAAUGGAGGAGACAAAGGAGCCAACAGUGGAGGAGAAGAAGAGAAAGGAGCCAACAGAGAAGGAGAAAAGGAGAAAACCAACAAAGGAGGAGAAAAAGAGAAAGAAGUCUACAAAGAAAUCAACAAAAGUGGUGAAACAGCUAUGUAA